AUGCAUUUCAGUUUUUUUUGUCAAUUUGCAGAUAAAUCAUACCGUUUGAGCAUUGCGUUACCCGGAUCGAUAUUGAAUAAUGCACAAAGUCCCGAGCUGAGAACUUAUCUGGCUGGACAGAUCGCUCGUUCUGCAGCUGUUUUUUGUGUUGAUGAAGUGGUGAUCUUUGAUGAAACGGCUCGUAUGAAACCAGAAGAACAAGAAGCAUAUUACACGGGUAAAUGGUACGCCGAGAAACCGAUUCGAGAAGGAAAUGUCGAAUGCAAUUUCCAUAUGGCUCGAAUACUUGAGUUCUUGGAAUGCCCACAGUAUUUGAGGAAAACGUUAUUUCCUUUGCAAAAAUCGUUGAAAAAUGCAGGUGUUCUCAACCCACUGGAUUGUAUGCAUCAUUUACGUGUUACUGAUAUGUCAAUUUCGUAUCGUGAAGGAGUGGUUCUGAAUAAGCCGGUCAAAAAAGGUCGCGGAUCACUUUGCUAUGUCGGUUUGGAAAAGGAAGUACAGUUGGAAAAUGAAGUGAAUUUACCCGCUGGAACGCGCGUCACGGUUCAACUAACAAGCACAAACCUUGAUGCGAAUCGAUUACGUGGAGCUGUAUCGAGCGCUCGUCGAGUUCGUGAGGAGAGUGGUGUCUACUGGGGUUAUAGUGUACGUAUUGCAUCGUCUCUGUCAGAUGCACUCAAUGGCUCUGAAUAUGACACUAUCAUUGGCACAUCGGAACGAGGUGAACCCAUCGAGAAAUUUCAGUUACCUUUGAGUGAAAAAAAUCGAAUUUUGUUGGUAUUUGGUGGAUUGAAUGGCUUGGAGGCAGCAGUAGAUGCGGAUGAAAAUAUUCGACAAACUGAUCCGGCACAGCUUUUCGAGCACUACGUUAAUGCAGUGCCUGAGCAAGGAAGUCGAACUAUACGCACCGAAGAGGCCAUUCCGAUAACGCUUUCUGCCAUCAGAAUUAAGCUGGAAUCUCUCUUAUAG